AGUUCAGUUUCAGCCGAACCGCCUGACGAGCAGGCAGCCUCGUUGCACAGCAAAGCUCUCAAAGCGCUUACAUUUCCAACGAGCUUUCCGUGUGAAGAAACACCAAAGAGGAAAUUGCCUCUGAGAAGAAUUUACCUUUCCGCGCGCCGUGUAAAUUUUUCCGUUCUUCCUUUUACCGAAGAAUGGGUGCCGUUGGGGCAGUUUAAAAAGGAAUUCAAUUGAUUUUCUGUUGUUAUUGUGUACAAUUAGGUGCCAAUUUAUCGAAUUUGAUUGAAUAUUAAUUUUUUUUUUGUUGGAAAUUGCAUCAACGAAAAAUAACCGCGAAAUCUGUGAACUUUGAAAAUGUUCUGGAUCUUGAGAAGGACGGGUGCUGCAAAUUUUUUCAACUCAAUUAAUAACAAUUAUUCGUCAAAAGCAAACACAAUCAACAGCCACAAUUCAGAUAAAAAUAACCCGAGGCCCCCACGAAAGGCUUAUGGUCGAUUGAGUGUGGACUCGGAUGACAACAACUCCAUGCGACGGGACAUGCCUGCAGCCACUGAGACAUCAUUAAUUGAUUUUGAUAAUUGUCCAUGCGACAGCACAAAGGGCCCCCCUGGUAUGAGGGAUACCGAUGGCAAUAUUGAAGAAUCGGACUCAGAGUUGGAAUUGGAGCAGACCAUGAGGAAUCAAAUACUGAGAAAUCGGAGGUACGAUGACAGCACUAUUGCCCGUCUUCAAGCAAUGGCCAUGUCCGACGAUGAGGACUACGAUGAAUCUCUGACUUGCAAUGUAUGCGACAGAGCUUUCCACUGUCACAGACAACUUGCCAAUCAUCAGCAGAAAAAGAGACACUUUGGGUGCAGCGGCUGUGACAGCCUUUUUCCCUCUCUCAUGCUCCUGGAACACCACAAGGAGGAAUUUGAGCAUUGGAGCGAUAUGGAGGAUGAAAAUCGACGCUAUCCCUGCUGUCGGCGGAAUCGUGGCGAUGAAUACUCAGAUACGGAAACAGGGACCAGUGAUGCUGAGAGUGAGGAUCUCGAGAGGCUCCUCUAAAUCUUCAAUGCUGACACAAUAUUUGUCCUUGGAUUUCUCUUCGGUCAAGAUGUGCAGUAAACGGUUUUCCAUUUUUCUUUGUGGCACAUUUGCAAAAAAGAAAAUCCUGAAAUAGAAUCACUAUAGAAUUUG